AUGGCUGAGCAGGACGACGAACAGAUUCGUUUGGACUAUUUAGAUUCGCUUCAGGAACUGACGUUCAACUCACGUCCUAUUAUCACCAACCUGACGGUGAUAGCUCAGGAGAACAUUCAGCAUGCUCAGAUUAUAGCAAAGGCCAUUGAGGAGCAUAUUCAUAAGGUAAGUAAUAUUGAUACUGGCAGAAGAGACAGACCAUCUGAACUUUUUUUCACUGCAAGCGUAGUAGUGAGAAACUAUAUUAAACAGAUGAUUGUCGUUGUGGUUGUUGCAAUAGCACCCGACCGACACGCCAGAAGACAAGCGAGCAAGCUAGCAAGCUGA